UUUUUCUCCAGUUGGGGGAAAUCCGUUGCUAUUUUUACAAAGCUAAACUUAACCAGGAAGCUUUUGAUAAUUACAUGUUUUUGCUUCUUUACCUACCUUUCAAUACAUCAAUAGGAGAACUUAAGAGUAUUAGUGCUAUGCAACUAUGGAUCCACUGUGCUGUCAUCUGCAUGUUUGGAAUAAGUCUACACGCAUGGCAUGUCAAGAUAUUGGGUACAGGAUCCUGUUUAGCAGCAAGUAUAGAACAGGUUGACUGGUGCCCUCGUACGAAGUAUGAUUGGGAGCUACAAGCAAGGAGAAAAAAUUGUUCAAAUAUAGUUCUGCCAUGUUUCAAAUAUAAUCUGUUAUAUCACUGUCUGAUCAACACAUGGCAGAACCGAAUGUACUCCGUUUGUGCAGCACCGGAUAAUAUUCUAGGUAUAUACAUAUUUCAUAUUUGCACACUUUCACAAAGAAAGAAGCUUAAAAGAAGAGACCUGCGAAUUAUGUUCACCACAAAAUGCAAUUUUUCAAAAUAUAUAACUACUGAACGAAUCCUAAACCACAAAAUCAAAUCCCUCAUAUAUUUUACUCAAACCAUGGAAAUUUGAUUCCUUUAAAAUCUGUAUUUUUACAGUAUAC